AUGGCUCGCAGCAGGCUGCUCGGGGCCCUCACCGCCCCCGCAGAAGGGCUUGCUGACCGCCGCUGGAACGUGGCCGUUCUGGGCCUCUGCCUGCAGGAUGCGGGCUGGACAGGGCACCCAGCCCCUCUGGAUGCCAGUGGCGAGGACGGCACCUGUCCUCAAGGACAUUCCACCCGGGGCCACCGAGGUUUCCACCUCGCUCUCCUGGGAGAACCGUCUUCUCGAGUCCCCCUUGGGCUGCCCUUGUCCCAGGGCGCUGAGCCUGUGGGAGAACCUUGCCUGACGCUGGGGGGAUGCCCGCCAGAGAGCGGCCGGCCAGUGACCGUGGUGUCCAUCCCCCGAGUGACCGUGGUGUCCAUCCCCCGAGUGACCGUGGUGUCCAUCCCCCAGAGUGACCGUGGUGUCCAUCCCCGAGUGACCGUGGUGUCCAUCCCCAGAGUGACCGUGGUGUCCAUCCCCGAGUCGAGGCCCCCACCAGCCCUGCAGGCCCUCGACUUUGCCCAUGGCCCCAUCUCGGGACAGGUGUUCGUCCAGGGCUGGGGUUGGCGAGGCCGGGACCUCGGGUUCAGUGCCUGCUGUGCCAGGCCCAGGGCUCUGAGGUCUGCACGCGGCCCCGAGCCCGUGGGAGAGCGAGGCUCUGUGAGCAGGCCUCCCCGGGCGGCAGGGGUGGCGCUGAGGGCCAGCCCGCGUGCCCCCACGCUGCGUCUUCAGGAGAAACUGUCCCCGGUGCCCCUGAGGAGGAGGCAGGCUGAGUGGCCCCGGGCCCUCCACCUGGGUGCCCCCGCACCCCCGCAUGAGCCCCCACCACGCCCUGAGCCCCCAGUUCUCUCGCGGAGACGGGCUGUCUUCCUCCCCUGCCUGGACCCCGGGAUCAGGGCAGCCCUGUGGCGUUUCUCCCCCACCUCCACUGGACCCCAGAAGCAGGGCGGUCCCGUGCUCCUCCCCGCCUCCACUGGACCCCAGAAUUGGGCCGGCCCCGUGGCGUCUCUCCUGCCCCCACUGGGGCUGGGAGGGGAGGCUCGAGUUGUCCGCCCCCUCCGCCUCUGGUGCCUCCUGGGAUCCUCGGGAUGGGAGAGGGAACUGUCAGGCCCAGAAGGGCUGGUGCAGACGGGACCUGGACGCUCGGCUUUGUCCGCGGCCUCCCUCCGGCGCCGCACACCACCUCCGCGACCCAGCGUGCCGCCAGACCCGCAGGAGCCCCAGAGCGGCUGCCGGCCCCAGGGACAGGCCCCGGGCUGGGAGCGGGCCUACACGGGGCCGGCUGUGGACGGCGGCCUGGGGAAAGACGCAACUCAGCCCACACACACUGCCCACACUCGGCCCGAGAUGGGUCGGGUAGAAUCUUUGGGAGUCAGCGGUUGUGGCCACCCCAGGCCUGCCUAUGACGUGGCCAAGGAGCCAUCUUGCCGGGCCCACGGCUUCCGGUCGCCCCGCCCUGAUCUGCCUGCGGGCCGGGGCCUGCAUUCCUGCGUCUCUGGGUCCCUGCGGCGUCCCGAGGAGCAGGUGGGCCAGGCUCCUCCGAGGAAGCCAGGAAGACGGGAGAGGACAGGGCGCAGCGGCAAGCUGCCAGCGUCCUCGGGACGACCUGGGCCGAGCACCGUCCCUGGGGGCGCGGGGCCGCUCACUCACCACCCCCUGAAGAGCCCGGGAGGACGACAGGGCCACGUCAGCAGAGGAGAAACAGGGGGAACAACACAGCCAGCCGUGUCGGAGACAAGAAAAAAGGAGACAGCCGAGGACAAGACCGCAGACAGAGAGGCGCUGGGCCCCUGCCAAGAGGAGGGCGAGCCGGGGGCCAGCGAGUGCCGGAGGCCCGCGACACGGCCCCCGCGGGGCUGGGCGAGGGUCCCGGCUGCAGGGCCCCCCGAGUGCGCCCCUCCCGAGUCUCACUGUCGGGACCUGCAGAGGAGAGAGGGUUCCCGUGACUCGGGGGCAACGGGUCGCCGUCCAGAGAACACUCAAGUCCGGUCUCCACCUUGCAUGUUAGGCCAGAAUAAAUUCCAAAUGGGUCAGUUUGAAGCAGAGACUUCGAAAGGGCGGCCGGAGAGCGAGUCCUCAGCUGCCAGACCGCCGUGCGCACAGGCUCCUGGAGCCCCCAGCGAGCCUGCCGUGCUGCCCAUUUAG